AUGAAUGAACAUAGCUCACGGUCUCAUUCAAUUUUGAUGAUUACGGUUUGCCAAGAAAACCUGGAAACUCAAAAAAAGCUCCAUGGCAAGUUGAACCUCGUUGAGUUAGCCAGCAGCGAGAAGGUGUCUAAAACUGGUGCUGAAGGCAGCACGCUUACAGAGGCAAUGAAUAUCAACAAGUCGUUCCCACCUCUGGGUAACGUCUUCAACGCACUAGUUGACAACCAUGUUCAUGUACCUUAUUGUCAAUCAAAACUCACACGGAUCCUUCAAGAGUCUUGGGGAGCCAAUGACAAAACGACCAUGGUCAUUUGCGUUUCACCUUCGAGUUACAACGAAUCUGAGAUCAAGUCGACGCUUCUUUUUGGCAUGCGUGCUAAGACUAUUAAAAACAUUGUCACUGUGAACAAGGAGUUAACGGCAGAUGAUUGGCAACGACGAUACGAAGGCUGA